AUGCAUUCUGCAGAUGAUCCAGUACAUCGCUCAAAAAAUCAUUUUCAUCCAUCGACAGCUCAAGCAUCGAACGGUUAUGAAGGUGAUUACACUGUGCCACACACUCGGUCAGCUCCAUCUCAAAAUGCAUUUUUUUCACCACAAUCAGCAUUUUAUUCUUCAUCAUCUCAACAAACUAUACCGACAAAUCAAGUAGCCUCUAGCAUGGAACUUCUAUCAAAUAAUCCGUUUCUUAAUGUUGGUAUUAAAGCUGUUGGAGAUAGUAUGAAGGAUAUAACAGGUAAAACUGUUAAUAUGUUACCCAAUGAAAUGAAAAAAUCUUUAUCAUCAAUAAAAGAUUAUUUUGCUGUUGAUCAAAUUUAUGUUAUGAAAAAACUCUCUUUACUUUUAUUUCCAUUUCGACCACGAAAUUGGUCAGUUGGUUAUAGUGCAGAUGGACCAGUUCCACCUCGAGUUGAUACAAAUGCACCAGAUUAUUAUAUUCCAUUAAUGAGUGUUAUGACUUAUGUUCUUGUUGCUGGCCUUGUGCUUGGCACCCAAAAUAGAUUUACACCUGAACAAUUAGGCAUGCAUGCAUCAUCAGCUCUUGUGUGGAAUAUAAUUGAAAUUGGUCUUCUAUGUUUGACAUUUUAUAUCUUAAAUAUACAAUCAAAAUUACGUACAUUAGAUUUAAUUGCUUACUGUGGUUAUAAAUAUGUUGGAAUGAUAGCUGCUUUAUCAUCAUAUUUAGCUACACAUUCAUUAUUUGUUUAUCGUUGUUCACUUUUAUAUGUUAGCAUUUCAUUAUCUUAUUUUCUUAUAAAAUGUCUUCGAUUAAAAAUAUUACCUGAUACCAGUGGAUCUCAUACAUAUAAUGCAAAUGGAAAUGCACGUCGGGUUUAUUUACUUCUUGCAAUUGUUCUUAUUCAACCAUUAUUUAUUUGGUACUUAACUCGACAUUUAAUUGUUACGUAA